GUAUGUGAGCCGUGUACCUUUUUUUUCCCUUUUCUUUUUGUUGUUACACUUUGUAGACACACGUAUAAUAGCCAAACAAUGAACGUCUUGUAUGAGCUUUUCUGUAUGGGCUCUGCCCCAAGCAUCUCUGAAAGAGAAAUCAAAGGCGCUAACUUUCAACAGUUACUGAGCAAGACCAUGCCGUCGGCAAAACAUAUCAUAAACGACGAUGAACUUAAACAAGUGGCGACGGCGCGUAUGAAAUCGGUGGUGGGAGGUAAAUCGCACAGUGCAAGCAACACGCUCCGGACGGUGGCCAGUAUGUUUGAGGCGGCUUCUUCAGCAGCCGAGUUUGACCGUGAAAGAUGCAUGUUGGAAUGGUUGCAGACGUGCGUGACGACGGCUGUGGAGAUGGCAUUUGCAGAAGCAGACGGCAAGCCGAUCAAGCCAACAACAGGAACGAAGCAGCCGGAUCCGGAGGAGUCGUUCGUGGUAGAGGAGCGUGGGCUGACCUACGACAAGAUCGGAGCUUCGGAUGACGAUUAUGUGCCGUCCGAUGAAGACGCGAUUGUUCCGGCUGCGCCGUCCAAGAAGAAGAAAAACAACAACAGAAGACGAAGAAAGGAAGAGGAGGACCAGCUGGUCCCUGAGGAGGCCAAGGGUGCAGAUGCAUUUAUCCCACCCGGAGCAGGAUCGAAGGCGGUCGUCAAGUACUUUACGCAACAACAAGGUGGACCCAGCACCAUCUUGUCCAACGGCUACUAUGCACGCUCAUACUUUUUCCCCUCCAAAGAAAGCUUCAACUCGUUUAUUUCGGUUCUGAACUCUGCCAAAUCGACGAUCGACGUGUGUGUGUUUGCCAUGACGGACGACGACGUUGCAGAUGCCCUGAUCGCUGCCAAGAAACGUAACGUAAAGGUUCGAAUCAUCACAGAUAAUCAGCAGGCUGCAGGCAAAGGUGCAGAUGCGGAGCGACUACAGACGGAUCACGGCAUCCCUUACAAGACAGAUAAUACGACGGGUUACAUGCACAACAAGUUUGCGCUUGUCGACAGCGCCACGUUGAUUAACGGCAGCUUUAAUUGGUCAAAAGGCGCACGCUUCAAGAACAGAGAAAACAUUAUCAUCACCAAUAUACCCGAGUGCAUCAAGGAGUUCCAGAGGCAGUUUGACUCGCUCUGGGCAGAGUUCUAAGUGUCCUUACUAGUCUAGUUGUAGUAGCAGCUAAUAAUAAAAGUAGCGAUAAAUCAUGAGUGAGCUUUUGUCGCGCAGCACUGGUGCUCGUGGCUUGUAAGUCUAUUGGUUUAAUUUCAAUGUCAGUAACGCCAAAAGAGCAAAAAAAAUUUUUUGGGUUGAGCGCCGAUAUAAAGCGAGAUGGCAAGCGGCCCCGCCGAUUCCUUCCCUUUUUC